GUGGGUGGGGAGGGCCACUGGGACAGAGGGCAGGGCCUCCCCCCCAGCUUAUGUCUCCCCAUCAGGAGAGCAAGGGCCUCCUCCUAGGCCCUCCUUCCUGUAGCUGGUGCCUGAAAUGCCCUCAGCAGAGGGACCAGGACAAAGGCCUGGAAGAGCUGGGCUCAGCAUGCCCUACGGGAAGGGUGGGGUCCGGGACCACAAGACAUUGUGACCUGUGAACAUCCCAGGCUGUAGGUGACCAUGGGUACAGCUGGGGGAGGAGAGGGAUAGAAUUGAAGGAGGAAGCUGAUGGUGUCUGGCUGCUCCAAGUCAGAGAUCUUGAGGAGGAGUCUAGGAGACCGGGGUGGGGUGUGAGAUUCCGGACAACAGAACGGGGAAGGCCACCUGCAGGUGGGUGCUCAUCACCACUCCCACCCCAAUGACACAGGACGUCAUUCCCUUUCUUGGAAUCUUCCUCGAUGACCUAACUCUGCUGCAGAAGUGGACGCAGAAUAAUGUGGCUGCCUUCAAGAUCGUCCAGCAGCUGCAGUUGCUGCAGGUGACUGCCAAUAAUUUCUGUUUUCAACCGGACAGAGAAUUCCAGUCCUGGUUCCAAACCAUGAAGCCACUGGACCAGUACAAUAUCCACAACUUCUCCUGGGAGCUGGAGCCACCAUUUGAAUAGGCCAACAACAACAUCAAGGCCGAGGAGACCUGUCCUGGGACUGUGUCCACCUUUGAGCUACCUGUAUUUACUCUCCCCUGCCACUCCCUUACACCCCCCUGGAAACCUGUUCAUUUACUCCGCCCUGACACUCCCUUUUCCUGUUAUCUAUAUCCCUUAUUCCUUGCUCCUCAUCCCUGGCUUUUAGUUAAA